CCAUCCCCAAUCCCCAAUUCGAAAUCCUCCACCAGCAACUCCAACUCAGCCAGCAAUGUCGGGCCGUGGCAAGGGAGGCAAGGGUCUGGGCAAGGGCGGCGCCAAGCGCCACCGCAAGGUCCUCCGCGACAACAUCCAGGGCAUCACCAAGCCGGCGAUCCGGCGUCUGGCUCGCCGUGGCGGCGUGAAGCGCAUCUCCGGCCUCAUCUACGAGGAGACCCGUGGCGUCCUCAAGAUCUUCCUCGAGAACGUCAUCCGCGACGCCGUCACCUACACCGAGCACGCCCGCCGCAAGACCGUCACCGCCAUGGACGUCGUCUACGCGCUCAAGCGCCAAGGACGCACCCUGUACGGCUUCGGAGGCUGAGCUUGGUUGUUUCUCUUUAGCUGGGUCGGCCUGUGCCUAGAGCCUGCUGGUGUUUCGAUUUACCUGUAGUUUGCAAAGGAAAUUGUUGCAUAUGGAUGAAUGAAUGAAUGAAUUAGGUGUUGCUGGAUA